UGCAACUCAUCUAGCACUUUGGACACAGCGAUGAGAUGAUGUCAUAGUGAGAGGAAGAAGAGUUGUAGGAGAGAUGUGGAGUGUGUGCAAGCCUCCGCAAGGGGGAGGAAGAGAGAGAGAAACAGAUGGAUGGAGAAGUGAAGAGUGAAUAAGGCAGAAGUGUGAGGGAGAGCGAGAGAACGAGAGAGAGAGAGAAGGAGAAUGGGUGAAAGUGUGUGAACACUCACACACAGCCGAGGGUGGAUGUGUUCUUAGCAACAAGCCCGAGGAGUGUAGGAGGAAGAGACGGGAGAAUCAGAGAUAGAGGAGUGGAACACUGACACAAAUGUGUGUGAAGGAGCAGGAAUAAGAAUUACGCGUAUAUUUGAAUGAAUUAUAGUUCGUCAAUAAUUGAAAUGAGAAGAUUGCAUUGAGGAGCUUGCCAGGACUACAUAGACUUUAACUUGUGCUAUAAUAGAGAACAUAAGGAACUGACAUUGAUUUCUUUUUAAGGUUAAUUUAUUGGAUUAUUGUGGAAGCUCUCUGGAGCUUUGGAUAAAAGCUAAAUCUGUCGUUUUCACUCUAUUUUUGACAUUUAUUUUAUCUUUGGACUUGAACCAGUCCCUUUCUACAUUUGAAUCACAAUGUGGAGCUCUUUUUAUAAUUCGACUCUGUUGGAAAAUUCUCACUAUAUUUUUCAUAUAGACAUGUGGUUUAACUGAUCUGUGCAGCUUCAACGUGAUGCUGUAUUUCAAGCCUGAGUAAUGUGAUUCAGCUCUACAGCAUGGAAGAAGGGAGGAAAACGAUGUUCUCCCGCAACCGCUGCAAUGGACAGGAUGGCACAGGUGUCCCUCAAUAUCCCCGACCCAAAAAGAAAACUUCAGCGCCAAAGAGAAGGCAGCCUAAUCCCAAAGUUGCUCUGGUGUUGCGUGGGAAAAUUCAUCGUUUCUUGCAGGGAUCUGCAGAUCAUUCUGUCCAGCCUUCAGGUCUUUACUGUGCUGGAAUUGAAGAAGAGGAUGAAGAGGGGGAAGAGGAUGUUGAAAAGCUGCAGAGCUACUACAGGAGAGGAUUAGCUUCAGCAGAGGUCUGCUGCUCACCUCAGGUGCCAAAUGGACAUGGGCUGGGAGUGGUUUCUGGGGCAGCUUGUGUUGGGGAAGUGGAGCUAAAUCGAGAAGGAGGCAUCAGAAUUCCUUGCACUUUGCAGCACAACAGUAAUUCUACAGUAGCUCAAAACCAAAUGACCCAAGAUGUAAAUGGGACUACGCUUUUGUCUGGUAGAGGACUUGAUGGUGAGCCUGAAAGACAGACGGAGACUUUGCUGUGCAGGUUAAAUAUGGCGAUGCUGGAUGAAGUUGUGGAGGGGAAUAAUGAAGACUAUAAAGAGGAAGAAUCAAGUGCUAUCGUUGAGCACAUUCUGAAGGAAUUGAGAGGGAUCAAUAAAAUUCAAGAGGAGAUUUCAGACUUGAGGGAGUACCUGUCAUCUGUUCAUGGCUCUGUCGAGGAGGUCUCUAGCUGUGUAGAUGCUGUCCUAAUGGAGAUCGAAUGCAUGCGUUCUGGAAACAAAUCUGGUGUCAAUACUUGGCCAGGAGCAAUGAGUGGCACUGAGGGUCACUCCCUCCAUACACACAAAUCAGAUAACACUGUUAGUAUAGGCUGCUACACUGUUGAAUCCUCAAAUAGCUGUGGUGAUAUACUCUCAGAAUAUCAAGUCGUAGAUGGGAAGCACAAAGAGGCACCAAGGCAGUCAGCUUUCACUAGUGUUGAGACUUCAAACCACAAUGAACAUCAUCCUUUUAUACAAGAAGCAUCUAAUCAAAGGUCUGAUGUAUCUCAAGGUGCAAGGAGAAGGAAGCUUAGCUUCGGUUACCUUGAGCGCCAGGAUGGACAGGACUGUCCGAGCACCAGUUCUCUGUCUUCGGGUCAGAGUUCCAAGUCUGAAUCUGAUCCAGAAAAACCCAACUUUGGACAUGGCAAAGCAGGGGGUGAAAGUCAGACCUGGAACCCAGUGGCUUUAAAACAUAGUGGGAGCGGAGAUAUCUGUUGGAGCGAAGAUGAUUCUUGCUCCAGACAAGGCAGUUUUGAAGAGGUAGAGUGCUGCAUGGGUGAAGUGAGCAGCUGGGACCCAUCAAGAGCUGUAAGUACUUGUAAGAUGGGCACCUCGGAUCAAAUUUCCAUAAGGAGAUUGGAAGCUGUAUGA